AUGUCAAUACCACUUAUUCUCAUUAAGAAUUUGGUGAAACGAAAUCAGGGUGAUCAAAUCCACGUGACCAUUCACAACCGAGAAUUUAAAGAUUGGAUUGAACAACUUAUCGAGCAUGAAACCUAUUGUCUAUACAAUGGAGAGCCUAUGGUUAAUGACGGCACUUUUGAAGUCUGCCCAAACAAGUUGAAACUUGUAUUCAACGGAGGAACCAUUGUUUCUAAAAUGCAAAUACCCGCAAUACCGCUACACCAAUUCAAGUUUAAGGCUAUUGAUGAUUUUCUUAAUGGAAAAUUCACCACUGAUCUCUUAUAUGACGUUGUAGGUGUUCUACAAGAUGUUGUCAAAACACAAAUGGGUGGUGGUGGUAAGAAAUCUUGUGUCAAUAUUACUCUAGGUAAUGAAGCUGGCAAUGUUAUUCGGGUCGCAUUAUGGGAAGAUUACGCUAAACAAUUCAUGAGCUAUAACAACUCUAACAAUUUCCUGGUCCAACACUACUUAUUUAACACAUGCAUGGUGCUAGCAUCAACCCAAUUAUCAAUUACACUGUCUACUUCUCUCACUCAAGCAUCGCAAUCAUUUGUACAAUCUGGCAACAAGAACUGGACUAACCUGAACGAGAUCAAGAGUAUCGGUCAAAUUAGUGACACCAUAAAGGAUUGUUUUACCACAACCAUCGGCACAACCAAACGAUUUAAGUCCUCAAAGUUUGGAUGGUAUUUUGAGUCUUGCCCGAAUUGCAAGACAUCAAAUAAGUCACAUGGAAAUAAGUUCGAGUGUGUCUGCGGAGUUAAAGAUGUUAAGCUUGUUACAAAAUACAAAAUAGAAAUCGAAGUUGAGUUCGAUAAUCACGUUGGAUGCUUUGUGUUUGGGAUAAAGAUUGCUGGAGAGGACAACCCCACAAUAUAUCCAAUACACCUAGACAAGCUUCUGAAUAAAAAGCUAGCAUUUAGAAUCAAAUAUCAAUCUUUGUAUGGCCAAUUAUCUAUUGUCACAAUCCUUAAUGAGCCUUCUGUUUACUGA